AUGGAGGAUGCUGUGGUGAGCGCGGCGACGGGGGCCAUGGGACCGGUUAUGGGGAAGCUGGUCGCUCUGCUCGGCGAUGAGUACCGGCGCCUGAGGAGUAUACACACCGAGAUCAAGUCCCUCACUCGGGAGCUCGAAACCAUCGAUGCUUUCCUGGAGAACAUGGCGGAGGCGGAGGAUCCGAACCCGCAGGACAAGGCGUGGAUGAAGGAGGUGCGGGAGCUGUCCUAUGACGUCGAGGACAACCUCGAUGAGUUCAUGGCCCGCGUCAUCGCCGACAAGUCCUCCAAGCCGGACGGGCUCGUGGACAAUAUCAAGAGCAAGCUCAAGAGACUCAAGGCUCGCCAUGAGAUCGCCAAGGCGAUCGAAGAUCUCAAGAAACAAGCCAUGGAGGUGAGCCAGAGGAACAAGAGGUACAGGGACCACGCCAUGUCCAACACCAGCAGGUCGCCCAAGAUUGUUGACCCCCGAGCUCUUGCCAUCUUCGAGGACGUGUCUAAGCUUGUUGGGGUCGAUGGGCCCAAGAAAGAGCUCCUCCAACGCUUGGCCGAUGACCAGCAACAAACAAAGUUGGUCGCUAUUGUUGGGUUCGGAGGAUUGGGCAAGACAACAAUUGCCAACCAGGUAUAUCAAGAGCUCAAAGGGCAAUUCCAAUAUCGUGCCUUCUUAUCCGUGUCACGGAAUCCAGACAUCGUUAAUGUUAUGAGUAAUAUUUAUGGCCAAUUGAAUCAUGGGUAUUCUGGUGGCGGCACGGAGAACUUGCAGACACUCCUCGCAAAGAUUUUGGAGUUCCUCCAAAACAAAAGGUACUUAAUCGUUGUUGAUGAUAUAUGGAAGGUGGAUGAUUGGAAUGCUAUUAAGUGUGCUUUUCCAACAACAAGUCCGGGGAGUAAGAUAAUCACCACUACUCGUAUAAAUGAUGUGGCUGAAUCAUGUUGUUCAUCAUUUAGUGGCCACAUAUACAAUUUAAGGCCUCUUAAUAUGUUGCAAUCGAGACAAUUGCUAUAUGCAAGACUAUUCAACUCUGAAGAGAAAUGCCCUUCGGACCUUAAGGAAAUCGCUGACCAGAUUUUGCAGAAAUGUGAUGGCGUACCUUUGGCAAUUGUUGCUAUAUCUGGUGUCUUGGCUCACAAGGCAAGUAAAAAGGAUAAAUGGAAUCAAGUGAAGGAUUCAAUUGGUCGUGCACUAAGAAAUUCUAGCGUUGAAGCAAUGGUAAAUAUAAUAGCCCUUAGUUACUUGGAUCUUCCUCGUCAUCUCAGAACUUGUUUGUUGUAUCUGAGUAUAUUCCCAGAAGAUCAUAUUAUCGAGAAGGAGAACUUGAUAAAUAGAUGGAUUGGUGAGGGAUUUAUAUGUAAAGAGAGCAGUCAUACAAUGUAUGAGUUGGGAGAGAUAUAUUUCAAUGACCUCAUCAACAGGAGCCUGAUCCAGCCCACGGGGAUUGGUGGGAAAUGUAGCGAGGUCAAGAGUUGCCGAGUUCACGACACUGUUCAUGAUUUCAUUGUGUCGAAGGCCGUGGAUGAGAACUUUGUUACUGUAAUAGGUGUACCAGCUGGUGUAAAUCAUGAUCCACAGAUGAAGGUUCGUCGUUUGUCCCUGCAGAACAACGGAGAGAUUCCGGCGUGUCUGAUUGUAUCUAAUGCUCGGUCACUCCAUGUUUUCGGGCGUAAUGCGAAGAUUCCGUCUGUGUCGCAGUUCGGGCUCUUGCGUGUCAUGGACUUCGAAGACUGUUGGCAGUUAAAGGAUUAUGACCUUGCUGGCAUCGGAAAUUUGCUGCACCUCAAGUACCUGAGGCUCAAGCACACAGGUGCACUCAAAGCGCUUCCGAAAGAGGUAGCAAGGCUGCAGGAGUUGCAGAUUGAUAUAGAUGGAUCCGUCUACGAGAUGGAAUUCCCAGAGGCCUUCCAACGGCUGGUAUGUAAUGUAGCUCUACAUCUUAAUGGGGGUCGUAAGGUGCCGGAUGAGAUAGCAUCCGUGCAAGGGCUAAGAGUGUUGGAAGGUCUCAGUGUGUACCUUCAGUCAGUUGAGUUUCUCAAGGGGCUUGGGCUACUGAAAAACCUAAGGAGGCUGGGCAUAGUAUUGAUAUACUACCAUUGUGGCCGUGGUUGGGAGGCGAAUCUGAAGCAGGCACAAUCUUCCGUGUGUGAGCUGGGAAAAGCAGGACUCGAGUCUCUGCACCUUUACAUCGACGAGGAAGCGGUUGAGAUCUUGGAGAUGGACUCAUGGUUCUCCGUUCCUCCUUAUGCCCUGCGGGAGCUUGUCAUCGAGGGGAAAUCAGUCACAAGAGUUCCGACAUGGAUGGCCUCGCUUGUCAACCUCGAGAAACUGCACCUCCGCAUGUAUAAGAUGCCUGAGGAAGAGGUGAAGAUCCUGGGUGGCCUGCCAUCUCUGCGUCAUCUCUGUAUCGAGUGGGCUGAUUUUGAUUAUGACGACAUGUUUGACGACCCCCCCAUGGAGGUGGUUGAGGCUGCUGUACGGAAAGCCAUGGAAGACCAUCCCAACCGUCCUACCUUGGUCUGGACAACUGAGCGGGACCCAUUGCCUAGCUUCUUGCAGGUAUGGAUUUCUUUCCCUGCAAACAACUCUUUCUUCGGAAUACAUUUUUCGUCACAUCCUGUCACGAUAUCUAGCCAUCUCGCAACAAACAUAAUGUAUCUUAAUCUAAACACUUUUAUAUUUCUUUACAGAGGAAAUAAUUAUCAUCUACUGUUUUCCUAA